UGUGAAUGCAGAACCAACUACAAGGUCAAGGCUAUUGAACUUACAGAUUGUAAAGUGUACAGUUCUAACCAGUCCUCUCCUGUCUGCUAUCGGUACACACCUCAUAAAUCAACAGAAUUCUUCUCCAUCAAGACUUGCAUGUCAAAAGAGGAACUAAAAAACAGCUAAAGGCCAUGGCAGUUAAUUUCUGUCGGAUCAACUCUAGGCCUCCUGGGAAAUAUAACAUCAGACAGUUCUACCGCAAUAAGCCUAAACACUACUACACAAACAUCAUGUCCAAUAGAGAUGGAGUGAUGGAGAAGUAUAUCAAGGACAACAAUGGUGACCCAUAUUCUGCCAUCAACCACAAGAUCAAUGGCCUCUUCUUCAGCGGAUCCCUGGACACCCGCACAAUGGAUCCCCCAGACUUCUCCUACUUUUCAUCCCAGCAGAAACUGUUUACAUCAGACACCAGGAUGUACUUCUGCAGAUUUCUUUGUCACAACAAAGUACAUUAUGUCACAGCAGUUGUGACGAAGAGGGGAUCAUCUGAAGACAGAUUCUGUGACGAGAGACUCAUUGAGCUGGACUUGAAGGAUAAUCCCUUUUUCACCAUCAGAGAACACACUGAAGUGGCUGCACACCGCCUCGGCCAUCUGGCUGGGUUAUCCAGCAGUUUCCAGUCUCUGUCUGUGUCCCAUGGAUACGAUGGGUCAUACCUCAGACAUCCUUCACCUUACGGUGUGCCAUCCCACCAGAAUGUCGUCAGAAAGACAUUCACAAUGACAUCUGUCAACAAGUUCCAUGUUGAGUUUCUCUACACUGAGGAUGUCGACAUCAAGGGCUUGAUUAGAGAUGUGGGGAGGGCAAUGUUUAUUUCAAAACAAGUACAGGGUUUAGGGGUGAGCAAGGUGGAUGGAAUUCCAAAGAAUCCCAACUGCCCAACAUGCAACCUCCCCCCUAAGUGCUAAAUGCUGCAGUGAAGUCAUUGCCUAUCCCUCAGCAAUUGUUUCAUAUGGUUUGUACCUUUUUGUCAAAUCUAAUUUGCCCUAUACAGAUAAUAUCUUAUUAAAACAUUUGCAAAUCACAGCCCUGAAUAGAUUCCAUGUUACAGUUUUCAGUCUUCAUCUUGUGAUAUUUUCAUGUGUUUUUAAGCAAUCUGUGUUGUUGGAAAUGUUGGCUGUGUUUCUUUAGAUUUCUUUAACUAUAUGAUUACAUUUUCCUUUUGCCAAUGCAUACUCACUUGUUUGUUAUAUUGUUGACAUGCCUUUUCCAUAUGUAGUCAUAUUUCUACAUAAAUCUACUGAUGUUACAUGUGAAAACAUUUAAGGUUGUUGAUCCUUUUAGAAUAUACUUUUAUAUUUCACAA